AUGCCGCCGCCAAAUACUCCAGAGGAGGGUGAGCUGGCGCCCUCCAACACUACGCCAGCCCCAACCAGCAACACAGCGCUGCCCCUCCGGCCCCUCGUCGGCGCAGCAGCAGAAGCAACAGCCGUGGCCAGCAGCAAUGGCGGCAGUACACCAUCGCCCGCAUCCGCCGCCGUGGACCUGCGCCUCCUCGAUUACCAAGACGCCAUUGACGAGAACCUCAUCUGCCCCAUCUGCCGCGUCGCCCUCGUCCAGCCCGUCAUCACCCGCUGCGACCAUGUCUUUUGCCAGCGCUGUCUGGCGCAGGCGCACGCCCUGAGCCCCGUCUGCCCCAUUGACCGGUCCGCCCUGAACGACCUGGCCGCCGACGUCCGGUCCGCCCCCAAGAUUGUCCACAACCAGCUCGACAACCUGACGGUCAAGUGUCCCAACCGCGCCCGCGGCUGCACCCUCGUCGUUGCCCGCAGCCUCGUCGAGAACCAUGUCUCCCGCUACUGCGACAAGACCAUGGUGCCGUGCCCGCACCCCGGCUGCGCCCACACCGUCGUCCGCCGCGACGCCGGCAAAGGCUGUCUGCACUACGACGUCGAGUGCGAGUACUGCAAGGGCUCCAUGCUCAAGGCGGACCUGCAGGACCACCAGGACUCUCAGUGCCCGAACCGUGAAAAGGAGUGCGAGCUCUGCGGCUCGCCGUUCCUCAGGAACAAGCAAGAGGAGCAUACCAAGGAAUGCCCCGAAGUCGAGACCGACUGCCAGUUUGCGCCCUUUGGGUGUGUCCAAAAGACGGCGCGCAAGUUUCUCGAUGACCAUGCUGGGCAAUGCGAGUACCGCGUUGUUGGGCCCGUGGGCGAGCAGAUUGCAGAGCUACGAUCUGAGCUCGGUGCAUUGCGAGAAAAGGACAGGUUAAAGGAUCGAAGGAUCAAGUUUCUUGAGAACAAGUACUUUACCAUGCCGGCCGCGACCGCAUCUCCCGAGACCAUUACCGACAUAAGCCUGCCCGAGUCGUCUUCUUCUACGGCCGCCGCCGCCGCUAGCACAACGGAUAUGGCGCCGUACGAGUCGCGGGAUCAGUACUUCUUGUCCUUGUUCGAAACCAUGGAGUCCAAGGUGGAGCGCCUCUCGUCGGCGCUGCAGGAAGUCGAGGGCCGGCACUCCAUGAUGCUCAUCAACGAGACCCUGCAGAUCAAGGACCAGCUCACCGAGAUUCGCAGCACCCUGGGCGUCCUGGGUAUGCAUGUACGCUGGCUCAUGAAUUUCCGCCUCCAGGAGCUCGGCAAAGUCGGCCCGGCAGCCGCCGCAGCUGCUGCUCCUGGCAUGGCUACUGGUUCCAUGGCUGCCAGGAAUCAAGACAGCAGUAAUCCAAAUCUGCCACGGAGAACCAGUGAUACAUACAGGGAGAAUCCCCCGCGGUUAUAA